CCUGACCUAAAACAAGAAAUGAUAGAAUUAUAAAAAUUGCAAAUAAUUUAAGUAUCAAUUAUGCAAGUUAUUGUAAGUGGAUACAAAGUGUGAGUACAAUCUUCCAACGUUAAAUAAGAAGUUUCUUAUUUUUUUCAUAUCGGGUCUUUCACGCAACCGACCAGAAUUCAUAUACUGCCAUGGUGCGCAGAAGCUAGAUCCAUCGGAGUUUAUCAGGAACAGUUGCCGAUGCACCAUGCAGAAAUAGUCGAGACGGCAUCUCGAGGUAUACCGUUUAUCUUCAUCAUCUCUUAUCGGGGACAUUUUUCUUUCAAAAAUAAGCUCUAUUUAGUGUGAAGUUUCUAUUACUGAUAAAAGUUUUGAAUAGAAACGAUGCGUGGCAAAAAUUUUAAAAUAUUUAAACAAACGUUUUAGUAAGUCUAUUUCUAUUCAUAGCUUCUGCUGUUAAAAUUACAAACAAGUGAAUCACGUUGACGUUUCUUCAUUAUGGAAUAUUGAUAAGUGAUGAAAAAUAUAAUAAAAAUUGUUUGAAAUACUUGUGUGAAGAUAUUAAAAAUGAUAAAUGAAAAAUGCACUUAAGUUUGUGAAACUCUAAACUGAACGUUCAUUUGAUGAUGAAAAUAGAUGAAAGUCUCGCGGAAUGUUCUAAUUAAAAAUGUCCAGAAUUUAGCAUUAGUGAAAUCGUAAACGCAUUUCUCCGAGGCUUGCAAUAAAAGAUGGACUUCUUUAUCAACCUUUGAAGACGUCCAGAGAAUUUGGCAACACUCCAGCACAGUUUUUCAUAGAACGUUAAAUAAACUUUGAACGCUUCUGUUCGUGGCAUGAAAUUUCCUCGAUUGCUCAGAGAAGCCACUUAUACGGUACGAGUAUGAAAAAAUAAACAGAUAAAAUAGCGGUUGGAGAAUCGGUAGAACUGUGAAUUAAAACUAUGUUAUAAUAACGAAACAAAUAAAAGGAUCACCUGUUGCAAGAAUGAUAAAACCUGAACAAGCAACAAGUAUUCUAAAAAAUUUUAUGAUUUUUUUACAGCCUACAUUAACGAACUACUUUUGUUUUGAUAUCUCCCUAUUGGAAAUAUUGGGUACCAUUUUUUUUGAGUCUUUACAUAAAACAAAAGACAUCAAGGCUACAUGUUAUAUAUGAACGAUAAGAAACCCUUUCAGAGGAUGAGUUUUAUUUGGCGAAAAGAAAAUAUUUUCGUACGCAACACGUCAUCGCGAACGCAUCCUGCGUUUCAACUAUAAAAAUCGAUGAAUCCUCUUAUUUGAGAGCACCUCAUAAAAAUGGCUCAUACACAAAGAGACCUCGUGGAGUUCAACUUAACGGAGAACGUGUUACGUAGCGUCCAGUUAUAUUAUACACCCAUGCUCGUUUACUUCGGUUCUCUAGGAAAUUGCCUCUCUGUGAUAGUGUUCUUUGGAACGAAACUAUGCCAAUAUUCGUCGAGCAUCUAUCUCGGCGCGUUAGCGAUCAGCGACACAGGCUUCCUGGUAUCCGUCUUCGUGGUCUGGUUGAAUCUUGUAGAGGUCGGCCUGUUCAAUCAACAGGGUUUCUGUCAAUUUUUCAUUUACUUAACCACCCUUUGCAGCUUCAUGAGCGUUUGGCUCGUAGUGGCAUUUACCAUAGAGAGGUUUAUAGCUGUUCAAUAUCCUCUCUAUCGUCAAUCAAUGUGCACCGUGGCCAGGGCGAAAGCUGCGGUCACAAUAUUGACUACAUUAGGUGUUGUUCUGUGCAGUCCAGUUUUAUGGUUCUCAGCACCACGGCUACAGUACGGUAAAAAUGGCAACGUGACCGAGUGCCAUUUAGCUGAGGGGCUUGAAUCAUGGGCGAUCGUUUAUAACGUGAUCGACACGGUGCUGACUUUCGCGAUACCCUUCACCGUGAUCAUUAUUCUGAACGUGUUGAUUGCACGGGCUAUCUAUAGGCAUAUCAAAAUUAGAAAAUCUCUAACCAACGAGCCGAGUAUCAUGAAGGAGAAACAACCGCAAGCGCAAAGCUUCCGGAACAAUCUGGCGCAGACCAAAAUCACUAAGAUGCUUCUCGUCGUCUCUAGCGCUUUCCUGUGCUUUAAUCUUCCAGCGUAUGUCCUGAGGAUUUAUGCUUUCCUACAUUUUCAGAGGGAAAGCAACUUAAGCCAGGUACGAUCACUGGAAUUGGCGCAACAGGUUUGCAAUUUGUUGUUCAAUACCAACUUUGGGAUUAAUUUUAUUCUGUAUUGCGCGACGGGCCAGAAUUUUCGAACAGCGAUACGGUGCAUGUUUUUAAAGCGAUUUCGCAGAAAAAACACAGCUGUGAUGCAGGUGUCGAAUCACGGAAUGCAAAAUGUUUCAAACUAUGUACGAUCAAGUACGACAACCACGGUACAACGACAUCCAAGUGGGUUCACGGAACCGUGGCAAGAAUUCCAUGAGCUAAAUGUCAUCUCAGAGUAAAUCACUGUACAACUAAAGCACAACUUAAUGAUUGGAAUUCGCACACAAUCGAACAGAUAGAUUUGACAAACUUACUGGUC